CUCAACUGGCGUGCCACUGCCGCCCGCUUGCCCUCCGCUCAGCUGGAGUGCAGUGCGCACUGCCCCACACUGCGUCACUGAAGUGAACGCAUCCAGCCGGUCGAGUCGCGCAGCCAAACUGGGUCAGGGCACAUUGCGCAUACGCGGCGUGGUACCAGUGGACCCAAGAGCCAGUUGAGAUGUCCAUUGAGAAGUCAACCGAGUUGGGAGCUGCAGAGGCAUUACACAAGCUAAACCUGGUUAUGCGACUGUUAUCCAUGUCAGCGGCGCUUCCCGGCCUGCAUUACCUAACAUCCGCCAAGUGACGCACGACCAAUGGUAUCCAGCUAUCCCAGUAAUCCCGGCAAUCCCAGCAUCCGGGCGGAUUCCAUUCGAAACGUUGGCCUUUUCCGCUGCUGGCAUUUCGCGAAUCUCCGUCAAAGUGGACCCACUUACUCGGUGAAUCUCGCUACACUUGAACCCGGCAGGCUGGAGAACCUAAGCACCAUGGAGGGCGGCGAGUCCACGGAGUCCACACACAACACCAAGGUGUCCGAUUCGGCCUACUCGAACAGCUGCAGCAACAGCCAGUCGCAGCGCAGUGGCAGCUCCAAGUCCCGGCUCAGCGGCAGCCACUCCUCCGGCAGCAGUGGCUAUGGGGGCAAGCCCUCGACGCAGGCCAGCAGCAGCGACAUGAUCAUCAAGCGCAACAAGGACAAGUCGCGCAAGAAGAAGAAGAACAAGGGCGCGGGCCAGGGGGCGGGGCAGGCGCAGUCCCUGAUCUCGGCGACGACGGGCCUGGAGGGAGCCGAGGAGAAGCCCCGGCCCAGUGGCAGUGGGAGCGCAGAGCAGCAGAGCUGCAGAGAGCUGCAGGAUCAGCAGCGCGGCGAGGAUCACAGCGAGCCGCAGGCCACGGAACAGCUGCAGCAGGAGGAGGAGGAGGACCGGACCGGGUCCGAGUCGGAGCGGGACCGAGUCGAGGGCGUGGCCAAGUCGGAGGCGGCACAGACCUUUCCCAUACCCUCGCCUCUAUCCGUGACCAUAGUGCCGUCCUCGAUGGACGCCUGCGGCGCAGUGGGUCACGCCGCCGGGCUGGAUAGCGGCGUGCCCAAAUUGGACAAGACCCAUGAGGCAGGUGCGGGCAAACUGGAGCCCGCGACGGGGGUGAGUGCAACAGCGGCGGGCACAGCGCAGCGCGCGGAGCGCUUGAAGGAGGAAAGCUUCUGCUGCGUCAUCUCCAUGCACGACGGCAUCGUGCUGUACACCACGCCCAGCAUCACCGACGUCUUGGGCUAUCCGCGCGACAUGUGGCUGGGCAGGUCCUUCAUCGACUUUGUGCACCUCAAGGAUCGCGCCACCUUCGCCAGCCAGAUCACCACGGGCAUCCCCAUCGCGGAGUCCAGGGGCAGCGCGCCCAAGGACACCAAGAGCACCUUCUGCGUGAUGCUGCGUCGCUACCGCGGACUCAAGUCCGGCGGCUUCGGCGUCAUCGGCCGACCCGUGAGCUACGAACCCUUCCGCCUGGGACUCACCUUCAAGGAGGCACCGGAGGAGGCGCGGCCCGUCAACUACAUGGUCUCCAAUGGCACCAACAUGCUGCUCGUCAUCUGCGCCACUCCGAUCAAGAGCAGCUACAAGAUUCCCAACGAGAUUCUCUCGCAGAAGAGCCCCAAGUUCGCCAUUCGCCACACGGCCACUGGUAUCAUAUCGCACGUGGACAGCGCGGCGGUCAGUGCACUGGGCUAUCUGCCGCAGGACCUGAUUGGGCGCAGUAUCUUGGAGUUCUACCACCAGGAGGACCUGUGCGCCAUGAGGGAAACCUACGAACUGGUGAUGAAAAAGGGCCAGACGGCGGGCGCCUCCUUCUGCAGCAAGCCGUACCGCUUUCUCAUCCAAAACGGCUGCUACGUCCUCCUGGAGACCGAGUGGACCAGCUUCGUCAACCCAUGGUCCCGCAAACUGGAAUUCGUGGUCGGACACCAUCGUGUCUUUCAGGGACCCAAGUCGUUCAACGUUUUCGAGGCGGCGCUCACGGGUAAACACAAGAUAUCCGAGGAGGCACACAGCCGGAACACGCGGAUUAAGGAGGAUAUCCUGCGGCGCCUGUCGGAAACGGUGUCCCGGCCGUCGGACACGGUCAAGCAGGAGGUCUCACGCCGCUGCCAGGCGCUGGCCAACUUCAUGGAGACCCUCAUGGACGAGGUGUCGCGGUCGGAUCUCAAGCUAGAGCUGCCGCACGAGAACGAGCUGACCGUCUCGGAGCGUGACAGCGUGAUGCUCGGCGAGAUUUCGCCGCACCACGACUACUAUGACAGUAAGAGUUCCACCGAGACGCCGCCCAGCUACAACCAGCUAAACUAUAACGAGAACCUGCUGCGUUUUUUCAACAGCAAGCCGGUCACGGCGCCGCCAGAGCUCGAUCCGCCCAAAACGGAGCCGCCGGAGACUCGUGGCACCUGUGUCAGUGGCGCUAGCGGUCCGAUGAGUCCCGUUCACGGGGGCAGCGGCGGCAGUGGCUCCUCGGGCAACUUCACCACCGCCAGUAACAUACACAUGAGCAGUGUGACGAAUACGAGCAUUGCGGGCACGGGUGGCACGGGUGGCACGGGAACGGGCACUGGGACAGGAACUGGGACAGGAACAGGAACGGGCACAGGCACUGACACUGGCACGGGAACCGGCACUCGCAAUGGUACCAAUUCGGGCACCAAUUCGGGCACCAGAACCGGCACAGCCAGCUCCUACAGAGGCGGAGGAGGAGGCGCAGGCGGAGGCGGAGGCGUCACCAUACAGCACCUCACGCUGACCGAAUCCCUGCUCAAUAAGCACAACGAUGAGAUGGAGAAGUUCAUGCUGAAGAAGCACCGCGAGUCGCGCGGGCGGAUGGGGGAGAAGAGCAAAAAGUCCGCCACGGACACACUUAAAAUGUUGGAAUACAGUGGUCCGGGCCACGGGAUAAAGCGAGGCGGAUCCCACUCCUGGGAGGGGGAGGGCAACAAGCCGAAGCAGCAGCUGACCCUGGGCAUGGAUGCGAUCAAGGGAGCGGCUUGCGCUGGUGGAGGAGUGGCGGGCAUGGUCGGAUUGGGGCCGGGAGGUGCCGGUAUGGCGGUCGGAGGUGGAAUCGGAACAGGCCUAGCGGGCGCACAGGAAGGCAGAGCCGCCAUGAUCCUAGGAGGAGGACCAGGAGGGGCAGCGGCGGCGGGCGUGAUCUCCGCGGUUGGCAGAUCCAGGCCAGGACCCUCCUCCUAUCCCAGCUGCACGCAGAACAUAAACCUCUGGCCACCGUUCUCGGUGGGCAUCACACCGCCCGCUCACUCCACGCAAACGGCCAUGACCCAGAGCAGCUUCUCCUCCGCCAGCCUGUUUCCGACCUUCUACUACAUUCCCGCCUCCUUGACGCCCAGCAGUCCCACGCGCUCCCCCCGCAUGCACAGGCAUCCGCACAAGGGUGGCCCCGAAAUGCCCACCACCUCGCAGCAGGCGGCUGCGGCGGCCGCGGCCGCCCAGGCCAUGCCGCUGCAGUACAUGGCCGGCGUAAUGUAUCCGCAUCCCUCGCUCUUCUACACGCACCCGGCGGCGGCCGCUGCCACGGCCAUGAUGUACCAGCCGAUGCCCUUCACCGGUAUGACCAACGCGCUCCAGAUUCCAGAGCGUCAACUGAGCACGCCAACGGCGUUCAACAAGACGAUGUACACGACCACGCCGGCGUCCAUGACGAGGAAGAUGCCGGGCGCAUUCCACUCGGUCAGCACUCCCUCCCACAUGCAGCGGUUCUCCUCGCAGUUCCUCAAUGCGGAGCCGAGCCCCAGUGCUCCAGCGGUAGCCGAUCACUGCAAGACUGAAGCCUCGGACUACGUGAUGGGCGAGUACAACUCCGACCUGCCCUGCAGCAGCAGCAAUCUCGCGGACAACAAGAAAUACACGGACAGCAAUGGCAACAGCGACGACAUGGAUGGCUCCAGUUUCUCGUCGUUCUACUCGUCCUUCAUCAAGACCACGGACGAAUCGGAGAGUCCGCCGGAAAUCGAAAAGGAUCCCAAGCGCCGAAAGCUGAAGAGCCCCUCUGCCGGCAAGGUCGUGGAGCACGCGGAGGGGGAUCAGACACAGCACGGAGAUGACUAGUGGCCGCACCCGCAGUUGCUGCUGGCCAACGUACACCAGCGAGUGCACCGUGUCGAUCCCUAGGACGCUCCGAGCAGCAUGCACCAAGGAGCAGCCGGGUCCUGGAAACGAUUCUCCGCUUCACCACGAACGCAUCCACGUAGAUGGGAUGGCACGACGACUGACGCGGGAGACGCCCUUGGAGAAUCCCCAGAACCCCUGUAAACAAAGGAUGUAGAUCUCAAGCCGAACAAA